AUGUUGCGAUUUCUGUUAAUUUUUCCACUUGUUUGCGCGUCUGUUGGUAAUCAAGAGAGCAACGUAUUGUUGCUACCUGCCGAUGAAGAUUCUACAACGUCCACGAGUACAACAGCUGAACUGUUGAAUCCAUCUACAUAUCCAGAUAAUGAGAAUUAUAUUGAAUCCACAAAUACAACUUCUGAAAAUUCUACUGAGCCCACAACCACAAUUGGUAAGAAAACAAACUUUUUACAUGUUUGUAUCAUGAUCAUAAUUAUUUUUUGUAUUGACUUCUGAAAACUAAUAUAAGUUUGAAAAUCCUGACAAUACCUUCUCUACUAACAAGGGAUAUAACUCCCAAAAACCGAAAACACAUUAUAAAAAUCCUCAUUUUGAAGUUUCAAUGAUUCUCGUUCAAGUGUUGUAAACGUAGUAUCAAACUAUAAAUUUUAUAGUUCAAAAAAUGAGAAAAAUUUUAAAAUAUGUUUUCUUCAUGAAUAUGAAAUGAAUAAAAAACGAUAGAGAACAAACAUGCUGGAUUUCUUGGUUUUAAGUAUGGAAAUGAUGGUAAAGAUCAAAAUACUACUGUUGCAACUUCUACUGCUGCAACAACAGUUAAAAAGUAUAGCUAGUAAGUGAUUUUGAGUCAAAACAUAUAUGUAUCACAUUUCUCGUUUUUCAGUCAAUGAAACAGCAGAUGAUGUUGAUGAUUACGUUCUCCCUGUUGAACCAAAUAGAAGUAAGUUCUUGUGAAAACUUGAAAAUAAUCAAACUUCAUUUGUCACAGGUAGCUAUGAUGAACUUUCUAGACUAGUGGAAUUCAUUAUAAAAAAUCAAACUUCAGAUGUUGCACCAAUGUUUCAGAGUGAGUUUUUCCACACAUUACAUCACACUCAUUUUUUCUUGGUUUCUUGCAGGAGAUCAAAUGGAAAAUAAUAUACUAAAUUAUACACUUUUUAUUGGACAACUUAAAGUUAUUGGAGUGGAUGAUGUUAAUGAAUUGGUGACAAUUGCUGCAGAAGUUUAUCAGGUGUGUUUAUUACUUUUGUUCAAUUAUAGUUCAUUUUGUUUUCAAGCUUUGGAAUGAUACCCGGCUGGCUUGGAAUAGUUCAGAAUUUGACAAUAUACAAACAAUCUUCACAAGACAGCACAAAAUAUGGAGCCCGCCUAUGGUUGUAUUUUCAGCGUGAGAUUUAAAAUGAAACACAAUGUUUGUAAGUUUUUGAAUAUUGCAGAACUGAAUUAGUUGAUCAGCGUGAUAAUGAAUUUCGAAUGGUAUCAAUAACAAAUGAGGGUCGAGUGAGAACAUAUAUUCCCUUAAAACUUACCACAACAUGUAAAAUGAACACAGUAGAUUUCCCAUUUGAUGAUCAAACAUGUGUUAUAAGAAUAAGUCUUCCACCAGUGCCUCAAAGUGUUUAUCGAUUUCAAGUUGUAUUGGCUGAUUCUGUGAAACAUAACUUAUGUGCCAUGGUAAAACUAUUCUGAUUCUCACAUUAGAAAAAUAUAUUUUUUGGAAUUACAGAGCAAUUCAGCAUGGGAAAUGUAUGAAAUUUUUGCAUAUGUGAAUGUUACGCAAACACGGUUUGAAGGUAUUCAAUACGUGAAACAGGGAAAUGUUGUUAUCAGAUUAAAGCGUUGUUCAGGAUAUUAUAUGGUUAUGAUUGUUCUCCCUAUCACAGUUAUAAAUGGUUUAUCAUUAGUCGGUGUUUUUAUGAAAAGCAAAAAUGGAAAUCUUCAAAGAGUGGGUUCAAAUUUUUAUUUUACAUAAAUAUUUUUUUUUUUCAGUUGACUGUGGGGCUUACUCAUGUUAUGACAAUGACGUUUAUUCUAGCAAUGCUUGGAGAAAAACUUCCCAGAACUGAUUCUCUUCCACUUCUUGGUAAAUAUAUUAUAAUCAGUUUAUGUGUUAUGAUCAUUGCUACAAUAAUAUCUACGAAAAAGCACAGGAUUCUUGCCUGCCUAGAAAUACAAUCCGAAUAUAUUAUUGUCAAGUAUGUUUUAUAAUACCGUUGAUUCAAUGUUUGAUCAAUUAAUUUAAAUUUAGUUCCAAUCCAAACCGAUCUUCUUCUACUCCAAGAACCAGACAAAUUAGAAUUCGAACAUUUGUGAUGGUCAUAUUUUUGAUUUUAAAUUUAUUCGGAGCACUAUAUAUGUUUAUGAGAUUUGUUUACUUCUUGAAAGAUCACAAAAGAGAAGGAAACGCUUGUUCGUGGAUUCCAACAAACGAACAAACUUUAGAUGGAUAUGCGAUGAUUAAUGAAACCGAACUACCGAAUAAGUUUCACCCUACCUUUUUUUCAGAAAACUAAUUAUAGUUACAAGUUAGAUACGUGAAAUAAAUUUUUUUUUGAUAUUUGUCUUAAUGUCAAGAAUUUGAAUUUGUCAUUCAAAAUUACUAAAAAAUAGACUUUUUAGGGUUUUCAAAAUCAAAAUAAUAAAUAAAACCAGGUGAAUAUCUGCUAAAAGGCGUCACGAUGUUGUCUACAAAAAUUCGAAAAACGAGUUGUGCGUUAGAGCGCAUUUUCUUGUUUUAUUUAGUAGGUUUUACUCGCUUGUCCCUUUAUAGCUCAAAAACUUUUUUGCACAGGGUUCACUACAUAGUUCUUCAUUCAAAUUUCAAAAUUUACAAAUAAUUGGCUAUAAUUUGUGCACAUAUAUUUAUAUUCAUGUAUCUUCUCCUAUUACUACACUAAUUAUGAAUAUGUUUUUACAGACAGUUCCUAUUUUUCUUCUUGGAAAUAUAAUUAAUUAUAUUUAUUUUCACGCAUUCUUGGAUUUUCUUCUCCGCAGCUGUAAUUUUCCAUCUUUUUUCAUUCUAGCUAUGAGAAAUAACAGGCCCAGCAAUAAAAAAAACGAUGGGCAUGUUUUGCAAAAAGAUUUUUUCUCUUGAAAUUGGCAUCGAUUUCGAUGUGUAAAAAUGGUCAUAGUCAUUUUCAUUUUUCGAUUUUUUUGGUUGGCCAAUUGUUUUGAGUUUUGAGCUAUGUAGCUAGAAUUUUUGAUUGUUGAGUUUGAAGUGCAAUGAUUUCUGAAAUAGCCAAAAUCUUGGAUGAGUUGGCAAAUCCGUUUUAUCCGGAUUUGUCGAUAAUGUUUGAGGACUGAAAUUCUCUCUAGAAUACGAGCUCUGAAAGUCUUCCCAAUUUGUGCUCAAAUUUUGUAUGAGCACAAAAAAGUGCUAGUUUUCUAACGAACUCUUUUCUUUUUUCUUGCCAAUUUUCCGCCAAAAUCAUCUUCCGACACGAAAUGUUUUUUCUCAAACUUCCGACACAAAUUCAAGAAUCUCAGUCAGUCGCGCUCUUUUUUUGUUCAUACAUAGAUUUAUCUUUUUCUCAUUUGUGCCCUUUUUUGUUUGCUGUGUCCCAAAACGCUCAUCAGUCAAAUGGAGCUAGUGCAUAAAUGGAUAAAAAAACGUUUCUAUAUUUUUUUUAUUUUGAAUUACAUGGUUGUUUGAAUUCAUUUUCAGAAACAAUUGUUAGGUUCUUUAAUAAUUUUUUGGUGUUCACCUAAUCUUAUAAUUGUUGUUGUCGCUCCUUCGCCCACGUAAAAAUUCAUGCAUUUUUUCCUGAAAUAAAUUUUUGGUUUGUUUACUCUUGGUUGGUUAAAUUUUAAUAAAUCUGACUAAACCUUUUUUUUCUCGAUGAAAAUAUUUGUUCUUUCUAUAAUAUCAUGAGAAAAUAUUUGGUUUUUUUCUAAUUUAUUUCAUCUAUGAUGUCCUAAGAUUCUCGUGACAGAUUCAAGUGCAUCACCGAAAUCCUCCCACUUAGAUUCUAGAUUCAGAUGAACUUUUUUCUGACAUUCAAAGUGGCUUAGGUCCCUCAUUUAUUCGACCACUCUAAAGUUAUAUAAUUUUCUUUAUAUCAACAACGAAAGUUAAUUCUGAGACCUAAAAACUUCCCUUGUAGGAGUGCUCAACAAUUUAGUUCAAAAAGCAAAUUACAAAUUUAAUUGCAUUUUUGAAAAGUGCCAGAAUUCAAAUUACCCUUUCAUCCUUUUUUUUUCUUUCUCAUGCAUAAAUUUCUAAUCUUCCCUUAAAAUUUCAAUCCCAAAUUUCAUUUCAUCUUCUGUGUUUUUCAGUUUUGUUAUGCAGUAUGGAUUUCUUCUAUCAACCCUCAUCACAAUAUUUUCCAAAAUAUCUUUCAAUGAAUCAUUUCAAUUCUCUCACUAUAUGCCACCAUUCAAUGAUAGUUCACGAAUAUAUCAAUUAUGUACCGCAGAAAAUGACAAACAUUUUCUGAAUCCAAAAUAUUAUGAAAAUUUGGUAAGUUUAAGCGGAUUUUUCAUUGAAUCUAAAACAUUUUAUUUGAUUUUUCAGAUGAAUUUCUAUAUUGACAAAUACACUUUAUGUUGGACAGAAUACGAAAAAAUUGUUCCGAACAAACAUUUUUCAAUUAUUUGGUUCUUAAGAGCUUUGACGUCAGUAUUUUUUGCAGGGAGCUUUGGGUUAGGGGAAAUUGAUAUAUUCAUAUAAUUCCAGAACAAUGCGCAGAAAGUGCACAUUUUCUGUUUUUAUUUUAUAAAUCAUGAAAGUGCACAAAAUUACUUCCUCUAGGUAUAAAUUAAUUAAUUUUCAGAGGAUGUGAAGUGUCUCAAACACUAAUCAGCAAAUUGAAACAGCGAUAUCAUAGGAAAUUUUAUUUUGAAUUUGUCAAAUAUUCAUAUAUUAUGAUUUGUGAAAAAGGUCAUCUGAUUCAAGACAAAGAUCAUUUAUUGUUAUCUUCGUAUGCUGGACUUUUCAAUACACUUUAUCAAGUUGUAGAUUCAAAUAGACAGUUAGUUUUUUCUUUCGAUAAUUCCAUCCCAAAAAAAAAUUCCAGAGAAAUUUGCACCAAAAUCUCAAAUGACUAUUCCGAUUUAUAUCGUCGAUGUUAUGUCCCAAAAUUCGAAAGGCGAGAAAUGAAAAUUCAACAAAGAUGCAAUGCUGUUUCAGCGCCACUUUUAAAGUUUCACGAUUUUUUCUUGAGAUUUUCAAGAGAUGGUAAGUGAAAGACAAAUUAGAUAAUUCAAUAUGUUUCAAGUUUUUUUCAGAAUGCACAACUUUUGAGAACUUUGUUUAUAAAAGGAACUCGCAUAUGAAUAUUGGAAAAGCAUUGAUUGGUGACGUGGAUUAUAUGAAUAUUAUCAGCUCAAAUCUCGUUGCUCAUAUUAACUCGGACUCGGAUUUACCCAAUCUUGUGUUAAAGGUUUGUUGUGUUGUUUGUUUGAGCCUUCAAAAAAAAUUUUCAGACUCGAUUGAUCCUUCAACAUUUCUCCAUAGCUUCAAUCAAACUUUUCAACCAACUGGAGAAAAUUGAAGGGUUAGUUAUUCGAUUUUCUUUCUUUCAUUUCUUGAUUCCCGAUUUUUUUAGAUGUGUAAAUGAUUUUCGAAAUAAUAUGACAGAAAUUUCAAACAUCACAGACAUCAAUGAGGAGGAAAAGUGAGUUUCACCCUCAUUCAAAAUCUAAAAAAAACAAAAAUUUUCUCAUUAGAACUCGAAUUGAAAUGCAUAGAUGUUGCCCAUUCAAUAAUACAAAUAUUUGUGAAUUGAAAAGUGAAAAAUAUCAAGACCUGGCUUAUAAAGCAUUUCUUGGUUUUCGAAUUGAGGGAUGUUUAUUGAUUGCAGUUUUUAUUAACACAAUUCUCUUGGCCAUGCUUUUAUAUAAAACUCAGAAAAAUCUAUCGACAGCCACUGUUCUUUUCGUGUUCAAUAUUAUGUUUUCAAAUGUUUUAUUUAUGAUGUCAUUUUCAUUUUUCUUUGUGGAUUUGAAUUCCAACAAACCAUAUGGAUCUGAAAUCACUGAUGGGGUAAGUUGAAGGAUAUUUUUUGGUGAAAAAAUAUCAUAAAUUUAAAUUACAGUAUGAAGGAAAGGCGCCACAAUUGAUAAUUGCUGAAACUUUGCAAACUCAUGUUUUUGCAUCAACAGAAUUUAGAAAACAUUUGGUGCAGGAAACGCUGUACUCGUUAGCUCAAAACGGAUCACUAACUGGCCUUAUUCAUCUUCUCGUGCUAGUUUUGGUAAAUAUAUUAUUUUCUUUGAAUUCCCCGGGCAAUCUGAAAAUUUCAGGUUGUAAUAAAUCGCUCAAUGUCUGGAAAAUCAAUCCAUCUUUCAAGAGUUUCUGUAAUUUCAGUGUUUGCUUGUGUGUGGAUAUUUUUGAUUGCGUCCCAUGCGAUGUUCUCAACAAUGCAGAUGAAUGCAAUCCAAAAUCUUGAUAAACUUUUCGCAGUUUUGGCGAGAGGAAAAAAGACACCAACAAAUUGCAAAGGAAAUUCAGAUUAUGAGGAAAUUGGUUCACAUUGUGAUCGAACUGCGGUUUUUCAUUCAUUUGGUGUUUAUCUUUUGAGAGUGAGUAUUUUUUUCUCUUGGUGAUUUUUCAACCCAACCUUAUUUUUUUCUAGGGCCACACAAUCUUCACAGUCCUCUUCCUUUCCGCAUCAAUUGUGAUAUUUGUUAUAACUGUAACCUAUCAUAUAAAUGUUCGACGGCAACAUGAAAUCAUUCAUAGUGAAUUACGGUAACUUAAUUGAUGUAUCACAAAAGUCUUUCAUAUAUUUUCCUUAGAAAUCAGUCCCCACAUCUUCGACGUGAGCGAUUAUUUCACACUUUGAUCCUCUCAAUCAUCAUAUUUUUCCUUUCCGUUUUGGGACAAACUUAUAUUGAAAUUGCAGUUUUUUGGUAUACUGAAAGAACUAUUAUUGCUAAAUUGGCUGAAUGGUGAGAAAAAUUAUAAUUAAUGAAAAUCAUAAAUAAAUUUUAGGUACCAUCUUGCAAGAAUUUUGGCAUUCGUUGAUCCUGUAAUGAAUCCAUUGAUUGUAAUUCUCCGAACGCCGGCGUUAAGAAGACAAUUACGAUCACAAUGGAGCACUUUUCGAUCAAGAGCAAGUUCGAAAACAAGAAGUCGAGAUGGGCAUAGUCAUCGUGGAGAAUCUAUUAAAAAAAGUAUAAAGUAAGGAGCGUUUUGAAAAUAUUUUUUCUACAAACAAAUUACAUUCUUUCCAGAAGAGAAGCUUCAAGUGUCAAGUUAGAGAAAGAAACCGAAUUAAUGUUGAAAAACGCGACAGAUCGACCGGUAAUGUUUCCCACAUUUAUGUAUCUGAUCAAUUAACCCAAUACUUUUUAGCUAACUCGAACAUGUUCUCAGCGAAGAAGUCAAGAUUCACAAACACACAAUUCAGUUGUCUAA